GACGGGGACCAUGAGGAGCGGCGAGACCCGUGGGGUCGAUAGCGGGAACUGCCGCGGCACCUGCUAAGAGGGAAGAGGGAGCGGCCCGGCGCAGCGGCGGGGCGGGGGCGCGGCGGAGGAUCGCCGGCUGCUCGGCCAUGUCGCUGCUCUGCGUGCGCGUUAAAAGAGCCAAAUUCCAGGGUUCACCAGAAAAAUUUAACACAUAUGUGACCCUGAAAGUGCAAAAUGUGAAGAGUACAACUGUAGCAGUUCGUGGUGAUCAACCUUCCUGGGAACAAGAUUUUAUGUUUGAGAUUAGUCGCCUGGACCUGGGUCUAAGUGUGGAAGUAUGGAACAAAGGACUGAUCUGGGACACCAUGGUGGGAACUGUGUGGAUUGCACUGAAGACGAUUCGUCAGUCGGAUGAGGAGGGGCCUGGGGAAUGGUCCACGUUGGAGGCAGAGACAUUAAUGAAAGAUGAUGAAAUCUGUGGAACUAAAAACCCAACUCCCCAUAAAAUUUUGCUUGAUACAAGAUUUGAGUUGCCUUUUGAUAUCCCAGAAGAGGAAGCUAGAUAUUGGACCUACAAAUUGGAGCAAAUCAAUGCCUUGGGACCUGACAAUGAGUAUUCUAGUCAAGAAGAAAGCCAGAGGAAGCAAUUGCCUACUGCUGCCGCCCAGUGUUCUUUCGAAGAUCCUGACAGUGCCGUGGAUGACCGAGAUAGUGACUAUCGCAGUGAGACCAGCAAUAGCAUCCCGCCUCCUUACCAUACAACUGCCCAGCCCAACGCUUCUGUGCACCAGUUCCCAGUGCCUGUGCGAUUGCCACAGCAGCUGCUGCUUCAGGGCAGUUCCCGGGACUCUUGCAAUGACUCUGUGCAAAGUUAUGACCUCGAUUAUCCAGAGCGGCGGGCCCUCAGCCCCACCAGCAGUAGUAGGUAUGGCUCCUCCUGUAACGUGAGUCAAGGAAGCUCUCAGUUAAGUGAACUGGACCAGUGUCAUGAACAAGAUGAUGACCGUCGGGAGAGGGACUCCAUUCAUUCCUGCCACAGCUCUAGUAGCCUCUCCAGAGAUGGCCAAGUGGGUUUUGGAGAACAAGAGAAAGCCUUGGAGGUGACAGGUGAAGAGGAGAAAGGGGGAUUGUGUGAACCCAAGGAGAUGAAAGAAGAUGCCACAGCCCACCCACCCCCAGAUAUGGUGCUACACAGAGACCUUGUCCGAGGCCCCCAGGAGAGUUUUCCUGAGGAGACUGCAUCUUCGCCAUUUACCCAAGCCAGAGCGCACUGGAUCCGAGCAGUUACCAAGGUUCGACUCCAGCUACAGGAGAAGGAAAGCGAGGAGCCCUUCAGGUUGUGCUCUGGCCCUUUGAGGCCCCUUUGUUGUUGGUUCUCUCCCCUCCCUGCUGAGUACAGUAUUCCAGAUGAUGGUGAUCCCACUUUGCCCCAGUGGCUUCCAGAAGGGCCAGCUGGAGGGCUCUAUGGCAUUGACAGCAUGCCGGAUCUACGCAGAAAGAAGCCACUGCCGCUUGUCAGCGACCUGUCACUGGUCCAGUCCCGGAAAGCAGGCAUUACUUCUGCGAUGGCUACACGCACCUCUCUCAAAGAUGAAGAGCUGAAAUCACAUGUGUAUAAGAAAACCCUGCAGGCCUUAAUCUAUCCCAUCUCGUGCACCACACCCCACAACUUUGAGGUGUGGUCAGCCACCACCCCCACCUACUGCUAUGAGUGCGAAGGCCUGCUCUGGGGCAUUGCCCGGCAGGGCAUGCGCUGCAGCGAGUGUGGAGUCAAGUGCCAUGAGAAGUGCCAGGACCUGCUCAAUGCCGACUGCCUGCAGCGGGCUGCAGAAAAGAGCUCUAAACAUGGAGCGGAGGACCGGACCCAGAACAUCAUCAUGGCCAUGAAGGACCGCAUGAAGAUCCGAGAGCGGAAUAAGCCGGAGAUCUUUGAAGUGAUCCGGGAUGUCUUCAAUGUGAGCAAAGUCGCUCAUGUGCAACAGAUGAAAACUGUGAAGCAGAGUGUGUUGGAUGGCACCUCCAAAUGGUCAGCCAAAAUCACCAUCACUGUGGUGUGUGCCCAGGGCCUACAAGCCAAGGACAAGACAGGAUCCAGUGACCCUUAUGUGACUGUGCAAGUGGGCAAAACCAAGAAGCGUACCAAGACCAUUUUUGGAAACCUGAAUCCUGUUUGGGAGGAGAAGUUCCAUUUUGAGUGUCACAACUCUUCCGACCGCAUUAAGGUACGUGUGUGGGAUGAGGAUGAUGACAUCAAGUCACGAGUAAAGCAGCGGCUAAAGCGAGAGUCUGACGAUUUCCUUGGCCAAACCAUCAUUGAGGUUCGAACACUGAGUGGCGAAAUGGACGUCUGGUACAACUUGGAGAAGAGGACAGACAAGUCAGCCGUCUCGGGGGCCAUCCGACUGCAAAUCAGCGUGGAGAUCAAGGGGGAGGAGAAGGUAGCCCCAUAUCAUGUGCAGUAUACGUGUCUCCAUGAGAACCUCUUCCAUUACCUCACGGACAUUCAGGGCAGUGGAGGAGUCCAGAUCCCUGAGGCUCGAGGAGACGAUGCGUGGAAGGUGUACUUUGAUGAGACUGCCCAGGAAAUUGUGGAUGAAUUUGCCAUGCGCUAUGGCAUUGAGUCCAUAUAUCAGGCCAUGACGCAUUUUGCAUGUUUGUCAUCCAAGUACAUGUGUCCUGGUGUGCCAGCGGUGAUGAGCACCUUACUGGCCAACAUCAAUGCCUACUAUGCCCACACAACGGCCUCCACCAAUGUCUCUGCAUCUGAUCGUUUUGCAGCCUCCAACUUUGGGAAAGAGAGAUUUGUGAAACUCCUGGACCAGCUGCACAACUCACUGAGGAUUGACCUCUCUACCUACAGGAAUAAUUUCCCUGCUGGGAGCCCUGAGCGACUUCAGGACUUAAAGUCCACAGUGGAUUUGCUGACCAGCAUUACUUUCUUCCGAAUGAAGGUUCAAGAACUUCAGAGCCCUCCAAGAGCCAGCCAGGUAGUAAAAGAUUGUGUGAAGGCCUGUUUGAACUCAACAUAUGAGUAUAUCUUCAACAACUGCCAUGACUUGUACAGUCGCCAGUACCAGCUGAAUCAGGAGCUGCCUCCAGAAGAUCAGGGGCCCAGCAUUAGGAACCUGGAUUUCUGGCCCAAACUCAUUACACUCAUUGUGUCAAUCAUAGAGGAAGAUAAGAAUUCCUACACCCUCGUUCUGAACCAGUUUCCCCAGGAGUUGAAUGUGGGAAAAGUCAGCGCAGAAGUGAUGUGGCAACUCUUUGCCCAAGACAUGAAAUAUGCACUGGAGGAGCAUGAGAAAGACAGGCUGUGUAAGAGUGCUGACUACAUGAACCUGCACUUCAAGGUGAAGUGGCUCCACAAUGAAUACGUGCAGGAUCUGCCUGCCCUCCAGGGCCAGGUGCCCGAAUACCCAGCAUGGUUUGAGCAGUUUGUCCUGCAGUGGCUGGACGAGAAUGAGGAUGUGUCUUUGGAAUUCCUGCGUGGGGCCUUGGAACGAGAUAAGAAGGAUGGGUUCCAGCAGACAUCAGAGCACGCACUCUUCUCUUGCUCUGUGGUGGAUGUCUUCACACAGCUCAAUCAGAGCUUUGAGAUCAUCCGGAAAUUGGAAUGCCCAGACCCCAACAUCCUUGCCCACUACAUGAGGAGAUUUGCUAAGACCAUCGGGAAGGUGCUCAUGGAAUAUGCAGACAUCUUAUCAAAGAACUUCCCAGCUUACUGCACAAAGGAGAAAAUGCCUUGCAUCCUGAUGAACAACAUGCAGCAGCUGAGGGUGCAGCUGGAGAAGAUGUUUGAGGCCAUGGGAGGCAAGGAGCUGGACCCUGAAACUGCAGACAGUCUGAAGGAGCUUCAGGUGAAACUGAAUACAGUUUUGGAUGAGCUCAGCAUGGUGUUUGGAAACAGUUUCCAGGUGCGGAUUGACGAGUGUGUGCGACAAAUGGCUGACAUCCUGAGCCAGGUGCGGGGCCCAGGGAACGCGUCCCCCAACACAAGGGCCUCGGUGACUCAGGAUGCAGACAGUGUGCUCCGGCCUCUCAUGGACUUCCUGGACGGCAACCUCACACUUUUUGCCACUGUGUGUGAGAAGACAGUCCUGAAGCGGGUACUGAAGGAGCUCUGGCGCGUGGUAAUGAACACAAUGGAAAGGAUGAUUGUUCUGCCUCCACUUACUGACCAGACGGGCACCCAGCUGAUCUUCACUGCUGCCAAGGAGCUGAGCCAACUUUCCAAACUCAAGGACCACAUGGUGCGAGAGGAAACACGGAAUCUGACUCCAAAGCAGUGUGCUGUCCUUGACCUCGCCCUGGACACCAUCAAGCAAUACUUUCAUGCCGGAGGCAACGGGCUGAAGAAAACCUUCCUGGAGAAGAGCCCAGAUCUGCAGUCCCUGCGCUAUGCCCUAUCUCUGUACACACAGACCACAGACACCCUCAUCAAGACCUUUGUGCGCUCACAGACUGCCCAAGUGCAUGAUGGGAAAGGUAUUAGGUUUACUGCUAAUGAGGACAUUCAGCCGGAAAAGGGGUCUGGUGUGGAUGAUCCUGUGGGAGAAGUCUCUAUCCAGGUGGACUUGUUUACACAUCCUGGAACUGGGGAGCACAAGGUCACAGUGAAAGUGGUGGCUGCCAAUGACCUCAAGUGGCAGACAGCAGGUAUGUUCCGGCCCUUUGUUGAAGUCACCAUGGUUGGCCCUCACCAAAGUGAUAAAAAGAGGAAGUUCACAACCAAGUCAAAAAGUAACAACUGGGCUCCCAAGUACAACGAGACGUUUCACUUCCUCCUGGGAAAUGAAGAGGGGCCAGAAGCCUAUGAGUUGCAGAUAUGUGUGAAGGAUUACUGCUUUGCCCGGGAGGACCGUGUGCUGGGGCUGGCUGUGAUGCCUCUGAGGGAUGUGGCAGCCAAGGGCAGCUGUGCUUGCUGGUGCCCCUUGGGCCGGAAGAUCCACAUGGAUGAGACAGGCGUGACCAUUCUCCGGAUUCUGUCUCAGAGGAGCAAUGAUGAAGUGGCCCGGGAGUUUGUGAAGCUCAAAUCGGAGUCUCGUUCCAUGGAGGAGGGGAGCUGAGCACCCAGGCUCCUGUGCCAACCAGAGGGCACCAGUUCCACAAGCCAGGGAUAAUGGGAGUUACUACAUAGUCAUCUUAGAUCCUCAGUCAAGAGGCUGAUUCAUUCAGUUAGGAAAGUGUAAGGGAAAAUCUGGUGGUGUGAGUGUGGCUUUUCACAGAAGGGGUCUGAAUCCCUGACCAGCAGGUCUGUGGUGCUAGGAGCUGGGCUGUGGGGCUUACCACACAGGGAGAUUUUUUCAUGGAGGGGAAGACAUUUCUGAGAGUGUCAGCCAUUCUUGGUAGAGAUCCUUCCACUCCCACACCCCUUUUCUCCCCCUCUCCAUACCACACCUAAUCCAGUUAGAUCCAUAUGUACCAAUCAUUAGAGGAACACGUUUAGAGGGUCUGGAGCUUUUGCCUAAUUAGGUAAGUAAUCCGUUGAGUCUACAGGUAAUUGCUGAGCCCUGUAGUCUGAACUGGAGUAUGGCCAGGGCAGGAACACACAGAAUAGAAUGCAGACCAUCCUUUGAGCAGAACCCAGCAGUGUAGAGUAGCUCAAGUGAGUACAGGGCAUUGAGACUGAACAAGAUACCUUUCAGCAAUGAGCUAUGCUAAUCCCUUCCCCCAGAUUAGCUCUCAUGAGUAGAACCAGGUUCACAUGGUGCUUCAGAGGCCUGAGCAGAAUUUCUUUGGAACCCAAGCACCAGGGGCCACCUGCCCAGGAGUCUCCCUACCUCACUCCUUUAGGAAGGGGAGUGAUGCUUCAGGACAUGAGAGGCUCUUAAAUAUACAUAUCUGAGAGCUAGCUGAAGAAUCCAGGAGAGAGGGCUUCUUCAUAGAUAAGCCCUGAACAAAGCCAAAAAUUGUGGAAAUCAGUCUAGAAGGAGUCCUAUUCAGCUAUGGCCACUGCCUUCUGGUGGUCCUUCCCCUUGCAGACAGAAUCCAGCCUUUGUCCUCACUCCCUUUCAUUUAGGUCAGCUGCUGUCCCCCUCAUAAACCAUUCAACUCUACAGAAGGA